ACCCAGAAAACACACAGACCCGUGAGAAGAUCGUGAGCACUGCGCUUUUGUGCCGGAGUAUGACGCUUCAACUCGCGGAAUAUAAACUGUGAUUCUUUGGCUUUGUCACAUAAAGCUCGUUUUUCCUGCUGCGGUGGAGUCAUCGAGCUGUGCGCGCGCAGGACACUGAGAUUAUAUGGCAGAACACAUGAUGAUGCCAAUGAACCACGGUCAGGGAAACGGAAGUCUGCACGCCUACCGGAUGGGCAUGAACGGAGGCCUGCAGGCGGGCCCCCAGCAACACGGACCCCAGCCCGGCCUCCGGGCGAUGCCUAACGGACAGAUGAUGCACUAUGGAGCGGGGCCUCAGGGAAACAUGGAGGCCGCCAUGCGUCAACGGCCCAACAUGGUCGGACCUAUGAACGGACAGAUGGGUCACCACCAAAUGCAGUCGGCUAACAUGAUGUUUAACAACCAGCAGCCUCAGCAGCAUCACAUUCAACAGCACCAACAACAGCACCAACAACAGCACCACCACAUGCAUCCGACGCAACAACAACAACCGCAGCCCCCACAGCAGCAGCAACAGUACGUGAGCGGUGGUCUCACAUCGCAACAGCUCAUGGCCAGCAUGCACCUUCAGAAACUCAACACCCAGUACCACGGACACCCGCUGGGACACAUGGCGGGGAACCAUAUGGCCAACAGUGCACAGUUUCGAGUGGGUCAGGCCCAGCUGACCAACAUGCAACACAUGUCCGGACCCGCUCUCAGUUUAAACGGUAUGGACGCCGACUUGAUCGACGAGGAGGUUUUGACCUCGCUGGUCAUGGAGCUAGGGUUGGACAGGGUGCAAGAACUUCCUGAACUGUUUUUGGGACAAAACGAGUUUGACUUUAUUUCGGACUUCGUGAGCAAACAGCAGCCGAGCACAGUUAGCUGCUGAGCCUGUGUUGAACGGACGCUUGGGAGGCGAUAUGGGCCGAAAGAGAGUGGUGUUACUCCUUUGACGCGAUAUCGUUGCGACCGCGGUCACCAGAGAGAGGCGACGGCUUUCUUUGGACAGCAAUGUGUGGACCUGUAAGAGGACGACAGUUCUGCUUCUUUCUCGCUGGAACCUAAAACCGUUUCCCAAUGGUGAAUGUAACAACAUUUCAGGACCGUGAACUUGGUGCAAUGUAAAGACACUCAACCCCUAUUUGUCUUCAGUGCAGUUUUACAUUUAAAAGUUUGUAUUUAUUUAUUGCUUUAUCAGACGUGUUAACAUUGAACAAAGCAGCGAUGACGUCUUUUAGAAUGUGUGGCUUAUAGGCAAUGCUAAAUUUAUCCAGGGUACUGAUUAUUUAGACCCAGAGCUGUGUGACCCAAAACCGUAAGUCUAACGUUUUGAUGGAUGGGUGACGCUACCAUGUUUAGUAACUCCAAACCACUGCUUGCUCACUUGCUCAGUAGUGGAUAAAGCCUCUAUCUUUGUCUGAGCUUUAGAGUUGCCUUAAAUCAAGUUGCUUUUAUUUAUUUGUCCCCCAUCGCCUCCUGGUCUAUGGUCCAGGAGGGCUCAAAUCUGUGUGUGAUUUGUUAAUAAAGAUGGCUGAGUUUGAACUCUGGCCUAAUUUUU